AUGCCUUAUUGGUAUUAUGAUAAAAAAGAUUUACAGAACACACCAUCUUUUCGCGAUGGAAUUCUUAAUGAAACCGAGAACCGGUAUCGAAAGGAGGGCGCUCGUUUUAUCAUUGACACAGGAUCGAAGAUGGACUUAGGUUAUAAUACAGUGGCUACUGGUGUUGUUUAUUUUCAUCGUUUCUACAUGUUCCAUUCGUUCAGAACAUUCCCCAGAUAUAUAACAGCUUGUUGCUGUCUUUUCCUCGCGGGCAAAGUGGAAGAGACGCCAAAGAAGUGUAAGGAUAUUAUUAAGGUGGCUAAAUCUUUAUUAACUGAACAAAAAUUUAACACUUUUGGUGAUGACCCAAAAGAAGAGGUGAUGACAUUAGAAAGAAUCUUGCUGCAGACAAUCAAGUUCGAUUUGCAGGUGGAACAUCCAUAUGGGUACCUUUUGAAGUAUGCAAAGUGCCUUAAAGGUGAAAAAGUAAAGUUACAGAAAAUGGUUCAAAUGGCUUGGACUUUUGUUAAUGAUAGUUUAUGUACCACAUUGUGUCUGCAAUGGGAACCAGAAGUGAUAGCAGUAGCACUCAUGUUCUUAGCAGGCAAGCUGAGUAAGUUUGAAGUGGUAGAUUGGAAUGGCCGUACAUCUAAACAUAAUGCUUGGUGGGACAUGUUUGUUGAAGACAUAUCUAUGGACUUACUCGAAGAUAUAUGUCAUCAGGUGCUCGACUUGUAUUCGCCGCCGACACAACUAUCUGGCGCAGAAUCACCACCACCACAGCUCGGUAACAAAACUGUGCCAAAAAACGAGAAGCCCUCCGUUACACCGCCCACUUCCGCAUCACCUGUCACCGUUGCUAAGGCAGUAGUAACACCUGUUAAAAACGGCUCUGACGCUAAGCUAGAGCCCCCAAAGAUUGACAUGAGAUUCACCUAUCCUGGUUACGCACCUAUUCCUCCUUACCCUUCAAUUUACUCUGCUCCUCCACCUGCGAUACCUCCCCCUACGCGACUGCCUCUACCGCCCGGCCCCCCGUUAUCUCUGUACGCUGAACCACCACCUUCUACUAGAUUCCCGCCAGUUAAUGUUCCUCCUCCCAAUUAUUUUCCACCCAUGCCCACACGGGGCCCUAUGCCCCCAAGGGGACCUAUACCCCCUGGACCACCACCUCCCAGACCUUAUUAUCCUCCACCGUAA